AACUAGUAGUCAAAUAAAUUUUAAUAAAUUUUAAUUGAUUAUAACAAAAAUCAUGUCAAAAUUAUUUUAUAAUAUUAAAAUUAUCAAUCAGUUUAGCUAUAUAUCAAUAAUACUAAUAUUAUCAUCAUCAUCAAUAAAUUGCAACUAUGUCGAUUAUGCCAUAAAUAAUUAUCAACCAUCAACUAAUCAAUUACCGGUAACAGUAUCUACAACAUGCAAUAUAAUUGAAUCAAUUGGAACGGCCAUUGAAUUAGGUUUACCACUGGUUGGUUCGGGUACGGGACUAGCAUUGAGUAUACUAUCCACUGUUAACGUAUGUUUGACUAUACCUGCGGGUCUAGUCGGCUGUAUAUUGGGUAUUAUCGGAUCAGUGGUCAAAGGUAUACCGCUACUGGUGCCCGGCUAUCGUCUAGUGGCCUACGGUAUCAAUUUUCUGGUUAAUUGUAUUUUAGGUGGUCUACUAUCACUAUUGUCCGGUCUAUUUGGUGGUGGCGGUGAUGGUGGUAUCACUACUACAACUACUACUACUACUACCGGUCCUAUUAAUGGUAUUACUAGUAGUAGUAGUAGUAGUAGUACUGAUUUUUUCUAG